AUGUUGGAGAACUCCUACACUGAUGAUGUGUUUGAGAACUCCAAUACUGAUAAUGUGUUUGUGAACUCAUACACUGAUGAUUUGUUUGUGAACUCCUACACUGAUUAUGUGUUUGAAAAUUCCUACACUGAUGAUGUGUUUAAGGACUACACUGAUGAUAUGUUUGAGAAUUUCUACACUGAUGAUGUGUUUGAGAACUCCUACACUAAUGAUGUGUUUAGGGACUCCCACACUGAUGAUGUGUUUGAGAUUCCUACACUGAUCAUAUACUCCUACACUGAUGAUGUGUUUGAGAACUCCUACCCUGAUGAUGUGUCUGAAAACUCGUACCCUGAUGAUGUGUUUGUGAACUUCUACACCGGUGAUAACUCCUACACUGAUGAUGCGUUUGAGGAUUUCUACACUGAUGAUGUGAUUGAUAACACCUACACUGAUGAUGUGUUUAGGGACUCCCACACUGAUGAUGUGUUUGAGGAAUCCUACACUGAUGAUAUGUUGGAGAUCUCCUACACUGAUGAUGUGUUUGAGAACUCCUACACUGGAGUUAUGUUUUUGAACUCCUACACUGAUGAUGUUCCUUUACCGGUGACGUGUUUGAGAAUUCCUACAUUGAUUUUCGUUGAGAACUCCUACACUGAUGAUGUGUUUGAAAACUCCUACACUGAUGAUGCGUUUGAUGAAUCCUACACUAAUAAUGUGUUUGAGAACUCUUAUACUGAUGAUGUGUUUGAGAAUUUCUACAUUGAUGAUCGCGGCUAUGAUUAUUCUAACAUGGUAAACUCCUACACUGAUGGUGUGUCUAAGGACUCCUACAAUGAUGAUGUGUCUGAAGAGUACUCCUACACUGAUGAUGUGUUGAAGAACUACACUAUUGAUGUGUUUGUGAACUCUUACAUUUAUGAUGUGUCUGAGGACUCCUACACUGAUGAUGUGUGUGAGAAUUCCUACACUGAUUAUGUGUUUAAGAACUACACUGAUGAUGUGUUUGAAAAUUUCUACACUGAUGAUGAUUUGUUUGAGAGUCCUUCACCGGUGACGUGUUACUCCUAUACUAAUAAUGUGUUCGAGAACUCUUACACUAAUAAUGUGUUUGAGAACUCCUACACUGCUGAUGGGUCUGAGAACUCCUACACUAAUGAUGUGUUUGAGAACUUAUAUACUGAUGAUGUGUUUGUAAACUCCUACACUGGUGAUGUGUUUGUGAACUCCUACACUGAUGAUGUGUUUGAGAAUUCCUACAUUGACGAUCGCGCCUAUGUUAAGGCUGUCCAAAGCUAA